AUGCUUCUCUUCUGUCCGCACUGCGCAAACAUCCUGACCGUCUCCCUGACGCUCAACCGCACAAACCGCCUCGAGUGCCGCACAUGCCCCUACGAACACGCCAUCACCGACCCGGUCUUUUCGCGGCGCGUCUUUGAGCGCAAAGAGCGCGAGGACGUCUUUGGCGGACCGGGAGCCUGGGACAACGCGCAGAAGUCCAAGGCGCAGUGCCCGAACGAAGGCUGCACUGGCGAGGAGGCGGCCUUUUUCCAGGUGCAGAUUCGAAGUGCUGAUGAGCCGAUGACGAGUUUCUUCAAGUGCAUGACAUGUGGUCACCGAUGGCGCGAGAACUGA